AUGGCGACGCUGGCGGAUAUCAAGGUGUUCAGUGGCUCGAGUCACCGGGUGCUCGCAGAGCAGAUUUGCAAGCGCCUCGGCGUGCCACUUGGCAAUGCAACCGUGACCAAGAACGAGGCCGGCGAGACGAUCGUGCGCAUGGGCGAGUCGGUGCGUGAGCACGACGUGUACAUUAUCAACACGUCGUGUGUGUCCCACGGCGCGAGCGGCGAGCUCAUCUCGCCCAAUACCAGCUUGAUGGAGCUGCUGAUUAUGAUUAACGCGUGCAAGACGGCGAGUGCGCGGCGUGUCACGGCGGUGAUCCCCCACUUUUUCUACGCGCGCCAGGACAAGAAGGACAAGAGCCGUGCGCCGAUCACUGCGCGUCUCAUUGCCAAUAUGCUGGAGCAGGCGGGCUGCGACCAUGUGAUUACCAUGGAUCUGCACGCCUCGCAGAUCCAGGGCUUUUUCAACGUGCCGGUCGACAACCUGUACUCGGAGCCGGCGGCGCUGCAGUACGUGCGCGAGAUGCUCGACACGGAGCGCGUGGUGAUUGUCUCGCCGGACGCCGGCGGUGCAAAGCGCGCGACGGCGCUCGCCGACCAGCUCGGCGUGGACUUUGCCCUGUUCCACAAAGAGCGCAAGAAGGCGAACGAGGUGUCGCGCAUGGUCCUUGUCGGCAACGCCAAGGACAAGAUUGCCAUCCUCGUCGACGACAUGGCGGAUACCUGCGGCACGCUCGACCUCGCCGCGAGCCGCCUGAUGGAGAGCGGCGCGGAGCGCGUCCUGGCUAUUGUCACGCACGGUAUUCUCUCGCCGCCCGCGCUGGAGCGUAUCUCAAAGAGCAGCCUCGAGGCGCUGAUCGUUACCAACACGCUCCCCCAGGAAGAAAACAGGCGGCGGUGCUCCAAGCUCGAGGAGAUCGACAUCAGCCACCUGCUCGCCGAGACGAUCCGCCGCUCGCACUACGGCGAGAGUGUCUCGGUGCUCUUCUCGCAGAUCCCCUACGACACGAUCCAGCCGUACCGCCACGGCGUCGACACGCCGCUGCAGAGCCCCCCCCGGUCCUCGACCUCGUCGCCGGUCCCGCCGUCGUCCGUGUCGGGCGCGGCGCUCGACAAGCGCCUCGCUUCGCUCGAGCUCGGCGCGGGCACGCCGCAGGCCGCGACGCCGCAUGCCACGAUUGCCCCGAGCCCGCUGCGCAACGUCUCGGGGGGUGCGCGUGAUGAAGAUCUGUAG